UCUGUUUUGGAUGGGAAGCGCAACAUUUUCUGAGCUGCUGACUCCCACGAGGGUUAAAUGUUUCUGUCCCUAGAGCAGUUUACUCGACAUAGAUGAAAAAUCUGGGUCUUCUGUUGAGGAAAGGACCUUCAUAACCAGGAAACAUCUUUCUGCUCUACUUGCUGCUGUGUAGGUCCAUUCCUUUGGAAUUCAGUGAACAUGGGGCCAUCGAAUGGAGAUGAGAAGGAGACGAGCGUAAUCCUGAUCAGCGAUGAUGAAGCCGAGAACACGCUUGGGAAUUCUGUUGUGUUAGUAGAUCCACUGGAGAAGACCGUUGUGGAAGAGGAGAAAUCUGGCGAGGUUGUGGAUGAAGAAUGUGAACUAAUGGUUACUUUCUGUAAACAAGCCAAAGUUAUGCCUCAUGCAAGAUACGACUGUACAGUGCAUCCAUUUGAGCGAAUGGAAUGUGAUACGUGUUCACCGCUUGGAAAAAAUGCUGAUAUUUGUAAUGAGUGUUACUGCUACAUUUGUGAUAAGCUAGCUUCUGAGUGCCAGAACUGGACGACCCCUUCCCUGUGUCAUUGCAAUGCCCACAACAAAAGCAAAUUCUGGAAGGACCAGCGUGAUUUCGCCUUGGCCGGUGUUCUUGUAAUGUUCAAUUUGGAGCUCUCAGACAUAGACGCGGACCUCCGGCACGGUGGAAGUCUUCUAAUAAAUUUUAUCCAUGAGCUUUCUGUGGAAUAUAAUAAGUAUUUGACUGGAGAAAGAAUGCCUCCCAAACAACACGAAUGCUUUUGUUUUCCAAAACUGCCACCUGGGCAAUGCAGUAUCUGUAAAUCUCGCCAUACGGAGGUUGUGUACAAGUAUUCUGGAGUUUUUGCACUGGUAACGAGGUUUUUGAAUCAGGCAGAAAGAGAAAAUCCUAAAGCUGCUGCUGUCAUGUUUCUGGGAGCAGCUAAAGAGAUAGCACUUCAUAAAGACCCUGCUUUAAACUGGCAGAACCUUGGUCAGACUGCUUCGCUGAAGAUUGCUGUCCCUUGUCUGCUGCAAAGGAUCACGACACAACUUCAAAGGAUGCUGGUGUUAUGUGACUUCCCAAAAAGCUUGUAUGAAAAGUUUGUUAACUUUUUUCAGUCCAUAUCGCUUCCAUGUCACUGUUUUGGCUUCUCAAAUAGCUUAAAUGUUGUACCAUGGGACCAUGGAUUACUGACCACUGUUUUAAAAGGCCAGAACAUUACUGGCCAAAGAACACAGAAAGGAAGAAAAGUAUUUCUUUGGGAAACACUCCCUGUUAUACAGGCUCGAGUGGAGAAAUUGAUAGAUAAAGCAAACUAUAAAGAAGUUGUUCGCUACCUGAGAGCUGUGAAAUGCAAUGAUAGUCAAGGGUUAAGAGACCUUAGAGAUAAAAUCCCGUUUUAUCUGUGUAAAACUGGGGACUUCCUUGAUGCUGCACAUUCCCUGUUGUUUCCAGUCAACAGCCUUGCGUGCUGCACUGCCUGCCGACUAACGCCACUGCAGUUUGAAAACUACCUAAAGAUGUUCAGAACAGGCAGUGUCCCCAGUGGAAAGGAUUUUCAAGACUCUGGGUCCUGGAUUACAGUUGGACCUCCUUUGAAAGAUGGUGUUCUAAUUAAGCAGGCACUCAAGCUGCUUUACAGCAAUCUCUUGCUAUACAGAAAUCCCAAAUGCUGGAGUUCUCUCAUCAUGAUUUUGGGCAGCAGUCGUUUGCUGGGAAAAAAUGGAUACCUACAUCCCUUGUCACUGAAGGAGCCACCACUGGAAUUCCAAGAGGAGGUGCUGGCUGCCAGUGGUCAUCUUCUGGAUGAACUGAAG